AUGAAUCAUGAAUUUCAAUUUGAUGGCGAUGUUGAUUGGGGUUUUACAAAGUUUUGUUAUUCUAAUAAAAUUUUUCAGCAUGAAGCUGAUAAAUCAAAAAAGAUCGUUCUAAUCUUUCAUGUUAAUAUUAUAAAUGAUGACAACGACCAAGAUAACAACGAGGAAAGGAACCUUUAUUAUACUUAUACUACUGGCAAUGAAAAAUUCUUUGAAGAUCCAUCUUUUUCGGAUAUCGAAUUUGAAUUGGACUGCGGGGCUCGUAUCAAAGCUCAUAAAGUCAUUUUAGCUGGUGGAUCUGAUUACUUUGAAAAAAUGUUUAAAGGCGGCUGGAAGGAAAAGAAUACUCUAUGUAUCAAAUUUCACGAUAUUACUUACAAAACUUUUCGGGGAAUCUUAUUUUAUAUUUACACUGAGAAGUGGAUGGAUAUAAUCGAUCUUGACUUGUUGAUAGAAAUGUAUGCUAAAGCUGAUAUGAUGGGAUUAAAUAGAUUGAAAAAAAUGGUCAGCAAUAAAAUUUGUGGAAUGCUGAAUAUUAAUAAUUGGGAUCAAAUAUGUAAUUUUGGUUGGGAAAACGACGAUCUACAAUUUAAAAUAGCGGGUUUUAACUUUGUUGCUGAUAAUUGGAAAUCCGUAAGAAACAGCAAGAAAAUGAAUAUGAUAUCAGAAAAUGGGAAUGCCGAAUUGGCCGAAGAAAUUAAUUCUAUAUCUCAUAUUUUGG